UUAUAUUUUCACCUUGUGAGCGAGAUUUUGCCAGAUUUUGCAUUUGCACUUAUUAUUCCGUAAAUUAAAGAAAAAGGACGCGAGAAUUGGCGGAAUUGAUAUUUAUUUUUAAAUUCCGUAUUACAAAGUAGUAGUACCAUUUAAAUAAAUCUGUAGUUUGCCGUUUAUCACCGCUUACAAAAUAAUUAUUUCAGGUAUGAAGAUGAUAACGAGUCUGAAUGAAAUUAAAGAACUUAAUAAACCAAACGUUCACAUUCGAGAUAAGGAGGAACUGUUGAGAAAAAUAAAUCAAAUUAUAAGUGAUGGCCAUGAGAAAUUACAAAUAGUUACAGAUUUUGAUCACACAUUGACAAGGCACAAUAUGGACAAUGGAAAGACAGUACUUACUAGUUUUGGCAUGUUCAGAGAAUGCCCUUCAGUACCUCAGGACUAUAAAGACGAGGAGCUGAGGCUUGCCGAUAUCUACAAGCCUAUUGAGGUUGACUCCACCAUGAGUAUAGAGGACAAGACCAAACACAUGGUAGUCUGGUACCUGGCUGCCCAUGAGUUACUCAAAGGUGUCAGAUUUCCGAGGAAAGAACUCAUUGAAGUGAGUCAAAAAAUGACAGAAUGCUUUCGGACGGGCGUGAAGGAUUUGAUAUCGUGGAGCGAGCGGCAGCAGGUGCCCGUGCUCGUGUUCUCGGCGGGGCUCGGCGAGUGCGUGGUGGCGGCGCUCACUGCGGCCAACUAUAUGCUGCCUCACGUUAAGGUAGUUUCAAACUUCCUCGCGUUGGACGAAAACGACACAGUGAUAGGAAUAAAAGGGGACGUGAUUCACACGUACAAUAAGAACGAAGCCGCCAUAAAGGACACGGAGUAUUACACCAUGGUGAAGGAGCGGAACAACGUUCUCCUCAUGGGGGACAACAUCGGGGACGCGGGGAUGGCGGAGGGGAUGGAGCACUGUGACGUCAUCGUCAAAAUAGGCUUCUUAGGACGGAACACGGAGGCGAACCUGCAGAGCUAUAUGGACAAGUUUGAUGUAGUACUGGUGAAUGAGCACACUAUGGAUGUGGCUAAUGCUAUAUUGAAUAUGGUGUUGUGAAUUUUGUUUUAGACAUUUAGUUCUUUUUAUGCUCUGACCACAUUGAUGGUAAACUUCGCCGUACAGAUAAUAAUUGACGUGUUUUUUUUUAGUGGUCAAUAAAUAAAAAUUUCAAUGCGUUCCGAUUUGUUGACGACUAUCUGACGACGCGCGGUUUCACCCGCGUGAUUUCCGUUCCCGUAGAAAUACUGGGAUAAUCGCCUUCCUCGAUAAAUGGGCUAACACUGAAUUGCCUUCCUCGAUAAAUGGGCUAACACUGAUUUUUUUUUUUAAAUGGAAGCAGUAGUUUCUGAGAUUAGCACGUUCAAACAAACAAACUCUUCAGCUUUAUAAUAUUAGUGUAGAUAUACAACGAUGAUUUUUGUCAAAUUAUCCUGUGGCGUGCACUUUAUAGAUGGAUACAUAAUCCUACCCUGAGGACAGAUACAUUGUCAAUAAAAACCUUUAUUGGGGAAGCAAUUAAAAAAAAUUUGUGUAAUUUGUACGGACAAUACCUACCCUAAUUAAAAAUAUUGUGGAUGCCAAUGGUCCUGACAACAUCUAUGGAUUAUGCUUAACAACCAACAUUAAUCAUCGUCACAACUCAUAGGUUAUUAUGCGCCCAGUUUGAAUGGGGUAGAACCUUGUCGAAGUAAACUUAGAUGCUACGUAGUAUACUAUGACAAGGUUCCAUUAGGCACGAAGGUUAAUACCCAUUAAUGUGGUCCCAGUAUCAGAAGUCUUGCAAAAACUGUUAAUUUAUGGUUUUAAUGUCGUCACUGACUAAAUAUGUCAUUGUAAAGUGGACGUCCAUAGACUAACUAUGGACGUCCACUUUCUUAAUGAUAGACGUGCAUUCACACAAACACCAUGUGCUUGAAUGGAUCCCUGGAUGAUUUGAAAAUUCAAUUGGAACCGAUAGAUGGUGUCCUGAUCGCUAUUUCAUGAAAAACCGAGUUUGCCAAAUGCGACGUCCGUCGGGUUUUAUAGUGAAGUCUAAACUAGUUUUUUUUCAAUAAAGACCUCAUUUAGUCAGUGAUGACUUUAACAUCGCGUUGUUCCAUUUUUUUUUUUACUCAAGUUGAGUAUAAAAUAUCUUAUUGAUAUUAUGGGUUUUUAUUUUACUUCGCUCAUUUCAUAAUAAUUAUUCUUUGUUUUUAGCUAAUGAUAUUUAGUAGGUAUUUGCAGGUCUUGUAUGAAUAACUACAUAAAAGUUAGAAUUAUAUUUCUAUUAUACUCAACUUUAUUGAAGUUCGUGCAAGACUUGUAAAACGAAACCACUGUGAAAACUAAAACUUUAUAUUGUAAUAUUUUUUUUUUUGUAUAAAAGAGAAGAACAAAGUUCUAUUUAUUUAUUAAGUAGAUUAAAUUUUGCACAGCUGCUUUAUUUACUAGCUAACACUAUUUAUAAUGCUUUAGACCAUAGGUUCUCAAAGGUAACGCAGCCUUGUGGGCGUUUGGGAUUUUUAGGACCCAGAAAAAGUUGAUAUUUAAAUGACAAACGAAGUAGGCAGGUUAAAGUAACUAAACUGGCUAAAACAGAACACAGUGUGAAAAUUCAUUAAAUUUAAUGGUUUAAAAAAAUUUCGUUUCAAACGAUUUUUUAAUUAUAUGUGGUAUUAAGUGCUUUAGUUAAAAAAAAAACCUCCUAGAGGAUGGUGUGCAAAGUAAGGUUGAGAACCUAUGCUUUAUAUUCUACUGAAAUAAUAUGGAAUGAAAUGGAAAUUUCCAACUGGAUUGCCAACUCAGUAGAUUAUUAUAAUAUACCUAAUGUUUUCAGUGUAGCGUAGCCAAAAAUGGUAAAAUAUAUUUUGUGUUUAACAUAUAACAGAAUCUCUGAUAUAAAUAAACUGUCAUACUCUCUUAUAGCCAAAUUAUAUUCUUUUUCAAUAUUGACAAUAAUCCUCUGUUGUACUUUUUAGGGAAAGACAUUUUUCUGUAAUAUUUCACUUUAUUUUAAAAUUAGAGGGCUGUGUUUGCAUCAUUUUUUGGAGCAUAAAAUUCUGGAUAAACGCGUGCAAAGAUACUAAGUCCAAGCAUCUAUUUUACUGUAAAUAAGCAGAUCACAUAAAUGCCCUUUCUUAUUCUAUUUCAUUAUUAUUGACUUCAUUUAAUAAGAGCUUUCAAUUUUAUUUUAACGCAUUUAAUUUUUGUGUUAGCUCAAGAUUAGAUUAGCCAGUUAUAUAACUGAUUAGAUCAUAAUGAUCUGUCGGCGCUGACUAUUCAAGCUACCUCUACCAUAAAAGUCCUGAAGUCACGGAGCGUUGACAGAGAACUUCAGAACAUUCACAUCGAUCGCACAUAGAUUAACAUUUGAGAAGUUAAUUGGACAGGAAUGUAAUUAAUCAAUAACUACUUUAUCUGUAUCCAACUUUAUUUUAGCCUCUCUAGUUUUUGGUCAACAUAACCAGAGACUAGAGAUUAUUUGUGAAAGGUUGAUAUACCGAGUCUUACAAUGUAGCCACCAUAGUGCAAGUUAUAAGUAACUAUCCUUAUAGUUUAUAAAUCUUAUCAGUUAAAUGACUGGCUAUUUGUAUAUUUCAAUAUAAUUUCAUAUGUGGGAAAAAUCAACUUGUCUUAUGUUAUUCCUUACGUACGUUAGAUACUUAAAUUAGGUAUCUUUGGACUAAAUAAACACGGCAAGACGCUUUAAUUUGAAAAUAAAGCUUCAAUGAAAUAUAGCAUUUUUUGCCUAUGGUUGAUAUUGAUAACUAUGUCUUUUAAUAAUACUGGAAUUUUAUAAGCGUGCUUAUGUUAAAAGUAACAAGUACAACUCUUGGUUGUUUUAAUGUGACAUCUUCCAAUAGAAGAUUGUGCAUUCCACAGACUAUAAGUCCAUUGUCAUUAAUAAGAUGAACUGUUUUUUUUUUGGAUUUUACCGAAUCCUAUUUAACAUAGCCAAUCCCUCAUAUUAUAAACAUUUUGCGUCUUUGACGAAAAAAUGGGUUAUGAAUGGGUUAUAUAGUUGGAAGUGAAAAAUAAAACAAAUAUUGUAAUGAAAUUAAAUAUUUCGUUAUUAUUAUCAUAUUAUUAUAAAACAACACGUAUGAAUAUAAAUGUAUUUUCUAGUCACCACUGUGCUUGUUACUGCGUACUCUACAUACAAUCAUAUUUAUUAUAACACAUAUUAUAUUAUACUUCUCAUUAAAAAAACUUUUUUAUAAGAAGUAUAGACAUUAAGAUGCAUCCGUUACUUCUCAUUAGCACGAGUUUUUUCAACGGACGGUAAAAAGCGUCUAAAUAUAGUAUGAAGUUAAAUGAAGGUCUAUUUCCAACGCCCAAAAUUGAAAAUGCAACACUGCUCGUAAAAAUGCGUUGUGUCUUAAAAACUCUGUAGUAUGAACAUAAUAUACUUGCGAAUACAUUUGUUGUAUUUGAACGCUUUUUUAACGUCCGUUAAAAAAAUUUCGUGCGAUUGUGGGCAUAGGCUUAGGCUACACUGAGCCGCGAUUUUUGAGGUAAAUUAGCGCGAAAUUUCGAAUGUUAAGCGUCGUCACCAUUGUAUAGAAUAAAUGAUUCGGAGAAAACGUACAAUAUUAUUAAUUAUUGGAUAUGUUUGAAAUUUCGCUGAUAUGCUGUUUACCAUAAUGAUUAAUAUUAGAUAGUUUUAAGAGUCAUUCGCAUCGCGACUUUCUAUAACUUUAUUACUUUUCCAAACAAAAAAAGAAUAAUGUAUUUAUUUAUGUAUUUGGUUUUCCAGUAAGUAUGUAUUUCGAAAGUUGCUAAUUGUUUGGAUACUUGAUUGAAUCUAAAACCCGUUGCUAACAAAGAUGCACCUUAACUUAUGAGAAACAGGCCGUGAAUAUAUACUAAAGAGGCACAAUUAUCCUGACGAGAGUAAGUGGGCGGAUAAUUCUGCCUCUGAGUAUAUUAUAAAACAUUAAGCUGUAAACAAAGUAUUUGAGCGACCGAAUUCAGGAAGAUCUAUUACUACAACUCGCCACCAAAUUCAACUAGUGAGAUUUUUUUAGAUAUUAUUAGUGAAGUGGUGCAAAUUUUUUCUUAUACGUACGACUAUUAUGUUCUAUUUCGGGAUGCGUACCAAUUGUAAAAGCGUUAAAAUCUGCUAUAAUUGACGUAAUUGGUAUACGCGAGCAUACAUAACAUUAUAGGCUAAGAGCCCGUGAAUCCCAGACGUUCGUCAUUUUAUCAAAGCUGAAAGUUUGUCAGCUCAUGCUCCUCCCAUAAGUAAGCUAAUUAAAGAGUUUGGACUGUGGUGGUUUUAGGAGGUAGCAGGUAUUAAGGAUCCAGACCCUCAACCGUCUAAGUAUAAAGUGUAAUUUUUUCAUGUUUUCCUCAGCAUAAUAUGAGAAAUUAUAUUCCCAGUCGUCACUCACUUAGCUUGGCGGCAAUCUUACGAAAACACCAAUUAGUUUGAAACUUCAAUGGGGCGGCAAUGUUACGAAAAAUACCAUUUAGUUUGAAACUUCAAAUGUCUCUAGCGAAAGGUUGCGAUUGAGCCAAGUGUCUGGCAAAACUAGGAGCAUGAGCUGACAAACUUUCAGCUUUUAUAAAAUGACGAAGGUCUCGCUGUCGCUGGCUCUCCGUUUAAUAUACAAUCGAGAAUGUAGGCUUUACCUCUGAAGUGUAAGUUAGCUACAUCACAUUUAGUCUCGCGAUAACAAAAAUGUAACAUUUAGUAAUCGCGCCAGUUUCAUGGCAAUCAUGUGAACAAAGUAUCAUGAUCGUAGCUGACUCGCGACGACGUACUAUUUGUGAGUAGCUUCAAUCACCUGUGUGCCUAGUCGCAGUUGAUGCUUUGACUAUCGCGUAAACGUAAACGCGAAUUUCUUAGGAAUUUAAACAGAGCCAUCUAUUGGCACUAUUGUACAACUGUUUCAAUUGCAUAUAAAUUCGCGUUUACGUUUACGCGAUCGUCACAGUAUGAAAACAUUGAAAACUCCCACUACGCACUCUGAAGUUGGCCUUACUCCGAUAGGACUAGUCGAAUAAAAUUAAAAAUACUGUCUGAUUAUACGCUCUUAAUAAUACCCAACGGUAGCUAACACAAUAAACACUGCCAGUAUACGUGUUUUACAUAUAAUUCAUACAUUUAAAUGCUCUAAAAUACUAGUUAAAAUGUUCGAAUAAUAAAAAAAAAAACAAUCAAAAGAAAUGCAACAUUACUAGUAAACUUGUUAUGGCAAAAUAGAUCAGUGGUAUUUCUUAUUUACGACCUCAGACUAUAGAAAAAGAUACGAGUCGGUGAUAUUACGAAAUAUUUUAUUACCCUCAUUCAGCAAAUAAAUCUAUCGUUCAUAUAGCCGUUUACGUUAACGGACAUUCUAUCGCGUUUUCUGUGUACGUAAAACGCGUGGUUAGCUAGAUGACGAACUCAUUUAUAGUUAUUAUAUUUUAUUUGCGCGUUACAAAAAAUGUUAUUUAACGCAUAUUUAUCUCUGUGGGCGACAAUACGUGUUCUUGUGAAUGAAUCAAAAACACACCUUUGGAUAAAUGAAUCUACCGCCAAUUCCUCUUGCUCCCUUCUCUUGCUAUACUCGACACCUGAACCGCGGAGAUUUCUAUAUCAGACUUUUCUAUAUUAGAAUUUUAUUUUUAUCGAACAAGACGUGUACCGCCAAGCGACUUAGCGUUCCGGUACGAUGUCGUGUAGAAACCGAAAGGGGUGUGGAUUUUCAUCCUCCUCCUAACAAGUUAGCCCGCUUCCAUCUUAAAUUGCAUCAUCACUGCAGGUGAGAUUGUAGUCAAGGGCUAACUUGUAGAGAAUAAAAAAAAUCUGUCGCGCAACUUUUACCCAUGCCUUAUUCUAUAAUCUGAGUAUACAAUAAAUCCUGGUAAUGCUGUUUAAAAUAAGCGUUUACUCGUUGAUAUUUAUGUCUUAUUAAUACUAUAAUUUUGUUGCCAAAUUAUAGUUUGAAUUAUAUUACGUCUUUAUAUUGACCGGUACCAAGUAACACGAGAGCUGUAUAUAAUAUAGUUUGUAUCCAGAUAUAAUUCUCGUCAAACGAAUAGUAUCUAAAGUAGCAACACGCCAAACUGUGCAGGUAUAAUAACCCUGUUGGGAGGGUGCCAGCGAUGCCCCGCUCGAACGACUUCAUACCCGCCCAGUCCUCUAUGCCCCCACGCGCUCGACUUCACACCCGCGCAGUCCGUUCCCCCCGUCGCCCGCAUAUCAAGGGAGUGUCAUCAACGAACUUGACAAGCUAUAUUUGUGUUCACUUGGAUGACUAUUUGUUUCCGAGAACUUAUACUAUUAUACUUAAAAUAUUAAAGUUUUGAGCUUUCGUGAUAAUUGGUAUGGCUUUUUUCAUGCAUUUGUUAAGAACUACCUCAUUUGUAACUUGAUAUUUAAAUGCCAUGUUUUUUUAGAUAUGUAACGCUAUUUUUUAAAUACUUAAUAAACAAAGUACCAUUGCUGCAAUUA